UACAGCGACGCGAACGAUUUCAAGAAAGCGGUGCUAAACAGCACAAACACGUACCGCGCGCAGCACAACGCGAGCGCCCUGACCUGGAACAACUCGCUCGCGACCUUCGCGGCAAAAUGGGGCGGUGCGUGUGUGUUUGAGCAUUCGGGCGGUCCCUCGGGCGAGAACCUCGCGUCCGGCUACCCCAACGCCACCGCCUCGAUCGAGGCCUGGGGCAACGAGCGCGCCCACUACGACUUCGGCAAGGCCCAGUUCUCGGAGCAGACGGGCCAUUUCACGCAGCUGGUGUGGAAGGCGUCCACGACGGUCGGCUGCUCGCGGACCGACUGCUCCGGGAAGACGGGCGCCAAGGCCGCGCCGGGUUGGUUCGUCGUGUGCGAGUACUACCCGCCGGGCAAUGUGAUUGGGGCGUUUAAGCAGAAUGUGCAGAAGCAGGUGAAG